UGGCCAGGUCGAAUGUGCUUACGCCCGAGACACCAACCAGACUAGUGCGCACGACUCCGCGCUUGACGGUCCCUUUUACAGCAGUUGCUGUGAGUGCCGUAAAGCGGAGUUGCCGCUGCUGUUGGCUGAGAAAUAUUGUUCACAGAAAACAGGAUUACCUUUUUACCCCAAAAGAUGAAACCAACUGGGUUACUUUCAAAAGACAACCAAGUGACCACUGCAGACUGAUGAGUAGAAUCAGUAAGAACGUGAUUUUGGUGCUUUUAACUUUGACAAGUUCUGCAUUUCUGCUAUUUCAGUUGUACUACUACAAGCACUAUUUAUCAACGAAGAAUGGAUCUGGUUUAUCAAAAUCCAAAGGAAGCCAAAUUGGAUUUGACAGAACACAGUGGCGUGCAGUUAAAAAAUUUAUUAUGCUAACAUCCAGUCAAAAUGUACCCGUGUUCCUUAUUGAUCCUUUGAUUCUGGAAUUGAUUAAUAAAAACUUUGAACAAGUCAAGAAUACUUCUCAUGCCUCCUCUACUUCAGAAUGCAAGUUUUUCUGUAUUCCAAGAGACUUUACUACAUUUGCACUACAGUAUCAACUAUGGAAGAAUGAGGAAGGCUGGUUUCGGAUAGCUGAAAAUAUGGGAUUUCAGUGCCUAAAGAUCGAGAGCAAGGACCCCCGGCUGGAUUGGAUAGACUCACUUUCUGGAACUGAAAUUCCCCUGCACUACAUCUGCAAAUUGGCCAGUCAUGCCAUCCACUUGGUGGUCUUUCAUGAGAGGAGCGGCAACUAUCUCUGGCAUGGCCAUCUACGGUUGAAACGACACAUCGACAGGAAGUUUGUUCCUUUUCGAAAGUUACAGUUUGGUCGUUAUCCUGGAGCUUUUGACAGGCCAGAGUUACAACAAAUUACUGUUGAUGGAUUAGAUGUUCUCAUUCCAAAAGAUCCAAUGCACUUUCUAGAAGAAAUACCACACUCUAGAUUUAUUGAGUGUAGGUAUAAAGAAGCUCGAGCAUUCUUUCAGCAAUACCUUGAUGAUAACACUGUGGAAGCUAUGACCUUUCAGAAGCAUGCAAAGGAAUUGUUGCAACUAGCAGCCAAAACAUUAAAGAAGUUGGGAGUACGGUUCUGGCUGAGCAGUGGAACUUGUCUAGGAUGGUAUCGGCAAUGCAGCAUUAUUCCGUAUAGUAAAGAUGUUGACCUAGGAAUUUUUAUACAGGAUUACAAAUCUGAUAUUAUUUCAGCAUUUCAAGAUGCAGGACUCCCACUCAAACACAAAUUUGGGAAGGUAGAAGACAGCUUGGAAUUGUCUUUCCAAGGAAAAGAUGAUGUAAAACUUGACAUUUUUUUCUUCUAUGAAGAGACUGACCAUAUGUGGAAUGGAGGCACUCAGGCCAAAACAGGAAAAAAGUUUAAAUACCUGUUUCCCAAGUUUACACUGUGCUGGACUGAGUUUGUAGACACAAAGUUUCGUGUGCCCUGUGAAACUGUCGAAUACAUUGAAGCCAACUAUGGUAAGACCUGGAAGAUUCCUAUAAAGACAUGGGACUGGAAGCGUUCUCCCCCCAACGUGUGGCCCAAUGGAGUCUGGCCUAUUUCUGAGUGGGAUGAAGUUAUCCAGUUGUACUGAGAUAGUAGGUCAAAAUGGUAUUAAUAGAAUUCCCCUCCUGCACAAAAGGAAGAUGACUGUUUAAAAAGAUACAUGUCAAACAUAAGUAGGAACCAAAGAAAUAUGAGAAGUUUGAAGAUACAGAGUCCUAACUCCUGAGCCAUCUGAUAUAAUUCUCUCAUCUGACAUUUAUUAGAGUCUCCAUGUGCCAAGUGCAAUACUAGGUUACAGUGGAGAGGCAGAAAUGAGUGAGACAGAUGUCUACCUCUUUCCCCCCUCCCUUUGGUAAGCAACCCAGUUCCUUUGAGGGAAACCCCCUCACCCUUUGAAGAAUGUUCCUUUUAUAGAAUAUGAUAUGUUCUAUAAGUGCUUUCAGAAAGUUCAAUGUUUGUACUGGAAGGUGGGCUUACCAGGUGCAACUAAGGAAGGGUAUACACCAGUCAAAAGGAAUAACUCCUUUAAGCCUGUAUAUUAGGGCUACUUUUAAGGUUGUGGAUGCUGAGUUAAUAAUCAAGUGGUCAGAUUUCAGGUGAUGUCAAGAAAAGAUGUGAGGCAAUACCUUUUACAAGCAACCUGGUGUGGAAUUGAUUUAGAGCACAGGGCAUCAUAUAAGAAAAUGACAGUUUAUUUCUAGUCUUGUCAAAGAUAUGUAAAUUUCCAUACACCUUCUAUUUUCAUAUUUGAAGUGAAAAGAAAGCUUAUGUGUGUGUGAUGCUUCAAUUUCCGGCCAUUGUGAGAAUAUUUUCAUUGACCUGAUAGUACUCGUUUGACAAAUCAUUCAAGUGAGACUAUGCUACCAGACAUGAUUUCUAAAGGGCUGUGAUUUCAUAAAACUUAUUUUCAUUAUUUCAUUCUCAAUCAGUAGGUAAAAUAUGAGUGAUUCGUGGUCACUUAAUAUUUUCUGAAUUUAUAAUCCUUAUAAAUCCCAAUUUAAAUAUUAACCCUAAAAUAUUAAUAGAAAUACCUCUACUUUUUCUAAAUGUACUCCUCACUAUAUUUAUUCAUCAAUUACAGUUCCAUAUCUUUCACUUAUGGCCUAUGAACCAAUUUCCAUGAUAUGUAAGCCUGCCUGUUCCCCUCCUCUUCCAACACUACAGCAGGACUCCAAAAUGCACAUAAGUGGCAAACCUGGCAGCUUGCCCACCUGAGAUCAUCGUGUUUGUAAAGUUUGUAUCCAUUCCCAAUUGUCCUAUCUAUUGAAUAUUGUGGGCGAGGGCAAGAACUGAGACAUCCCUACUUUAUCAUGUACCGCCCACCCUGAAACCCCUGGUUUCCUUUCUCCCUUGGAGAUACAUCUCUGAGUGGGCUGGGAUGGCUGUGUCUCCCCAACUCUUCAUGAGUCACUUUGAUUGCGUAUUCUCGGUGACAGGUAAAGGGAUAUCAGGCACCGGAAGCAUGCUGUUUUUUCUUUGUCCAGAAUAGGAAGCCAUCUUACAUUUUAUCUAGGCUGCUUAGGGCUACUUUCUGGACCAAACUGGCAGAUUGUCCUCUACAACUAAAGAAUAAUAGUAAUAUCAUAGAUGGAAACCAGAAGAGAGAGUGGGCUGAAAGUUUUCCUAAAGCAAAGUUGGGGAAAGCUACAACCUAUGACCACACCACUCCAAAUUAAAAAAUAACAAAAACUUUUUUUGAUACAUAAUAACCAGUGAUCUUCCUCUCUUAGGAUGAACUUUCAGUGCAUUGUCAUUGGGUCUACUCAUAAAUAACAUAAUUAAGUUUUUAGGGUUACCAGUAAACUUGUCCCCAGAUGACAGGUCAUUGUAAUCAACUUUCUCUUUGCUAGAGAAUCAGCCCAUAGAAAUUAUACCCAAAUUCUAAAUAGAUGAACCUUAACUUCUUUUUUUCAUGAUCGAAAAAUUUUAACAGGUAUUAUUAGUGUUCCUGGGCAAAAUCCACCUUGUUUAGUGAGAAACAUUAGUGAGAAGCGCAAACUUAACUUCUAGAAGUGCAUACACUACACAUUUCUACCCAUUUCAGGUUGGGUUUCCCGCUGUUCGCCAGGGUAGGAGGGUCUUACCCACUCUCUGUUUAGGUUAUUUCAUUUUAUCUGUCCCUGAAGGGUUCAGAAUCUAAACUAUCUUGUUCACAUUGAUAGAGGUUCCAUAUCUAUUCCCCUGUACACAACUGGCUGCUAAAAUACCUUUUUUUUGACUGCCUUCUGGUUUCACAGGCUCUAGAUCUUGGAUCCUACCCUAAGUUGGCAGAAUGAAAGCCCUUCCCUAAACUCUGAAGGCCAGGCUUGCUCUGACAGAUUCAGUUAUACUUCAUUCCGUGCUUCUUAACCAUUGCACUCUGCUAAGUGACCAGAGACCUUGGAUCCACUAAUCAGCACCUCAUCAGAUCACUUUUCUUUCCUCACCUGCAUAUUCCAACAGUAAUUUUCCUAAUCUGACCAUUUCCAUGUACAGUUUGCCUGGCUUACCAGGAGAAAACCUCUUAUGUUAACUUGGUAGAAGUUAUACAUCCAUGGAUGUCCCCAGAGAGGUCCUGAGAGUCAAGACUGACAGUCUGUCACUUGACAACCAGGUGGCCACUCAUUCCUUCUCUAAGCAGGGAGCUCAUGUCCUUCUCUCCUCUGCUGCAACUGCUGACAUCAGGAUCCAGGAAUAAAAUCUCAAUUCUCCAAAUGGAGCCAUCCUGAGAAGCUGAGCAGUGGGACAAACCCUGAAAUAUGACCACUAGAUGGCAGAAUGUGUGCCACCAUUCCCCCAAACACGUUAACACUCAUGUGAAAAUCAGCCUGCACUUGAAUUUUAAGAGCCAGAGGGAGCUUCACUGCAACAUUUGUUUUAACCCUUUUAUUUUAUAGCUGAAUAAAUAAGCAUAGAAAGGAGUGAUCUGAGCAAGAAACAGUUGGGUCUCUUAACUCAAGAGUGCUGUGACUCCUGGUAUAUGCCUGUUUCACUGAUCACAGCACAGCGUCUUUUUUUUUUUAAUUAAAAAAUUUUUUUUGGUUGUGUCAGGAAGAUCUGCUGGAGAAGGGAAUGGCUACCCACUCCACUAUUUUGCCUGGAGAAUUCCAUGGACAGAGGAGCCUGGUGAGCUACAGUCCAUGGGAUCGCAAGGAGUCAGACACGACUGAGCAACUAAUGCUUACACUCAGCAUGUGGGACCUUUAUUCCCCAACCAGGGAUCAAAUCUGUAACCCCUGCAUAGGAAGCACCAAGUCGUAACCACUGAACCACCAGGGAAGUCCCCCAGCACAGAAUCUUUAGCCCUGCUUAACAUGCUUGACCGAGAAGUUUACAGGAUGUUUUUGCCAUUCCCCACUUAAUAUCUUUCUGCUCAGAUUAAGAGCCUGAGGUGAUAAAGGGAAGUGUUUCUUUCUUGUCCAGAAUGCUUACACUGUCUUCAUACCUUUAUCUAAAACAUGCCUUAUCUCCAAACGGUGAAAUAGUUCAUGUUUGGAGGCAUUAGCCUUUGGUCAUGAUAUUCUUAAUAUCCAGGAGCGCCUGAUUCCCUUAGGCUCAAGAUGUAUCCCAUUUCUACUUGCAUCUUCCACUUCUUCAGGAAACCAUUAACACCAGGCCACGAAGUGCCAAUUUCUGCAGACUCCUUUCUCUUCCUCUUUAUUGAUACUCUCUUAUGAAUACAAGUAAUUGACAAUAGCCUGUGCUCAUUUCUUUUUUCUUUGUGAUCCUAAACCAUGGGUUCUAGCGUUAUAGGCUAUAAAGCUUCAAAUGGCACAUAGGACAGCAAGGUAUUACAUAGGAAAGCAGGGAUUUAUGGAUUGGGGACCAGAGCUGUGUCUAGGAAACAAACCUGAGUGAAUUCCCACUCUCCAGUAAACCCUCACCCACUGUCACAAGGCUGAGGCUGCCAAUGUCUCUGAGUCCCUAGUUCCAUCUUCUGGAAACUGAACAGUUCUUUUGUUCUCCAUGUUAUAAAUCCUCAGGAGACAUUUCUCCCUCAAAACCUAGUCAGAGAAAGUGCCACAUUCCCACCUUCUAACACAUAGUCAUAAUUUGUAACAGCUUUAAAGCCUGGGAAAAAUUCUAGUUUUUGAUGAAUCAAGAGGAUUUCUCUGAAGAAAUGUCCCAGCAGCUAUUUCUCUUUCUUCCUCCUCUUCCUCUGUCACUAAGACCCAGGCUAGGUUACCUCUAACAUGUCACUUAGGGAAAGUGGCAUGUUAGCAUAAAAGGGCACAAACUUUUAAAUUAGGCGGGAGUUUGAGUCCCAGCUUCAUUAUGUGGGUUUUAUGGUAGGGAACCUCAUAGCUUCAGUUUCCAUAUGAGUGAAUUGGUGAAAUGAUGGAUAUUUAUGAUUUUUUUAAGUUAGGAUUAAAUUAAGUGUACCUAGUAUCGACCUAGAAUUAGGUUAAUACUCAAGAAAUGUUCUGUUUCUUACUUCCAAAUCCUUUUCUAAUUAUUCUUCAAAUGGGAUGGGAGAAACUGGGGUAGGACACAGUGCCUACUCAGAAGAUUGCAUGACUAAAUUUGCCUAGGGAAAAAAAAAAUGUUUCAUUAUAACAAGGCAUCAAAUUGUAUGGUUUAUGAAUUCAGAGAUAUUACCGUGGUGCUUCCUUCUCUAUAUUGAACAGGUAUUUUCAUUUUAUUGGUCAAGUGAUUGUCUUCUAGAGUCUCCUUAUGCUAUUCCAUAUACUACAUAGUUCUAGAUCCCAAGCAGGUCACUCUCUGUACUUCCCUAUGUUUGGUGCUUGCUCUGCCCUGAACUUUUGUCUCAAUAUUAUAGCUUUUCCUGGAAGUAAACCCUCACCUCCUUGUUAGUAAAUCUCUGCCCAGCCGAAAUCAGGUAUAAGCGAUUUGGAGAGGGAGAGAAUUUGGGAUACUUACUUUACUUAAUUUUUUGUGCCCAUGAAUACUAUAUCAGUAUGAUUAAAGAGGAAUUGAUAAUAGUCAUUUCCACCUUCUUCCCUCAAAUUUAUGUUUCUGUUUCAACUAGGCAAGAGUCAACAGGGUCUGUGAUGCUAUUUUAAGCUCUUCCACAUCAGACUGAAAUCUUAAUUAUAGCUUAUAAGUCAGACAGACCAAUUCAGUGGUAAUACUUUUUGUAUGGGACCUGUGUUUAUAAAGGAGGCAAGUAUAAAUUUUCUUGAGGGAAAUCUCUGUUUCUUUAUUCUCAGAACUUAUAUCUUAGAAUGCCUUCCUUGCCAUCCCCCAGCCCAACCCAAUGCAGAGAUUAUGUUGGAACCCAUGAGCCACCCAAGCUGCUGUGUUUCUAUGCACAGCUCUCACCAUGGAGUUGAAAGGCUGUAUGAGGAGAAUUAGAAGUACUGUAUUUUGUUCUAUAAAACAAUAUAAACUGUCUCAAGUACCAUUAAAAAAAAUUACAAGAUUUUAUAGACUUAUAAUGACUCAUUUGGAGCAUGGGGAAUUGUUCAUGUGUUUGUUAAAUAAAAAUCAUAAGUAGCUAUUUGUGUGUCCUACAUCAUAACCAGAAAAAUGUUGAUUUUUCUAAACAAAGUGAUAUUUUAAAUGUGAGUAAAUUUCAGUGUAUACUUUGUUUAGUCACUGAGUCAUGCCCAAUACUUUGCGACCCCAUGGACUGUAGCCUGCCAGGCUCCUCUGUCCAUGGGAUUUUCCAGGCAAGAAUACUGGAGUGGGUUUCCAUUUAGUUUACUAUUUCACUUUAUCUUCAGGUACAGAUAGUUUGUGGUACUACUGAAAAUACCUUUAAUAUUAUUUUGAUCAGAAUUUGUAAUAUAUAAUCCUGUUUGGGAUGAUGAAUAAAAUUUUUCUAAUCACUUGA